AUGAGUGAUAGAAUUGAUGUAUCUCUAAGCUAAGACCUUUUAGGAUUCAUGUUUAAUAUUAACUCAUCUACAAAUAUAGAUUAAUACCAAUAAGAGUCAAAUAAAACAUAUUUAGUUUAUUAUGCUUAGCUAUACUAUUAAAAUGGUAAUUUCUCUCAAUACAUUAAUCUUGAUGUAAUUAAAUGCACUGAUCCUUAACUAUAAGGAUACAACUGUGUAGAUUUUUCUAAAAUAAGCAACUAUUCUCUUGUCUUAGAUAACUCAGUAGCACUAUUUUCUCAAAUACUUAUCAAUGUAUAUGGUUGCUUAGAUGUAGAUAGUUUUAAAACAACAAUCCCAAAUAAUUGUGCAUCACAAAAAGAAAUUGAUGAUAUUAUUAAUGGAAACACAUCUGGGCUUUUACUAAAAAUGAAAGUGUAGUAAUAUAACACAACUUCUAAAUAAAUUUAGACUAAUUACAGAAAUAUAUUCAGCUUUUUAUAGUCAAGUUAAUUUAUUAUUACUACUUUAAAAACAUAAAAACAAGAGACCUAAGUAAAUGAAGGCUUGUUAUUUUAGUCAAAGUAGACUUAUAAUUCUCCCAUUUAAUAUGAAUAAAUGAGCUAAAACUUUGACAGGUAGUUCUCACUGGAGCAAGGUCUUGGACCAUACAACUAAGUUUCUAUUUAUCUAGAUGAAAUAGUACAACAGUUUUAAAUUUAAUAUCCAACUUUCACUGAAAUUUUAGCUCUUGUUAAUAGUGUUGCUUUAGUUAUUUUGGCUUCAAAAUUUAUAGAUAAAAAUUUAUAGAUUUUGAAGCAAAAUUUUUUAAUUGACUAAAAUAAUGAAAUUUAACUUUCAAGUUAGUAAACAAAUGAAGUUUUUUUAGAUGAAAUUUCUGAAAAAUAGAAUAAGUUAGAUUUAAAUAUUCCUUGUUUUAAUUCUAAAUUUAGAGACUAUGUAGAAAAAAACUAGAUCACUCAUAAGAAACAUGAAAUAUUCCUAUAAAAAGGAGAUGAUAUAUCUGUAAUUAGUGAAUCAACUCUAAGCUGUAAAAAUACUAAUUAGCAUAGAUCUAAAACUUUUUAAAACGAAUCAAAAAUUAGCAUAAUAGAUAAGCUUUAGCAAAAUGAUAAUUCAGUAAAAAAAUAUUUGGAAAUAAAACGACCAAUUUUCCUGAAAACAAAAAAUCAGAUCCCUUUUAAACUAUAAAAAUAAAGUUAAAAUCAUCUUGAAAAAACUGAUUAAGUUGAAAUCUCAGAAAAAAACGUCAAAAAAAAUAGUCUAUUUGUAGAAACAUAAAUAAAAAAUAAUCUUACCUAAAGCUAAAAUUAAGGAAGUUUAAGAGAAGCCAUUUCAUAAAAAUUACAAGCAAUUUACAGUAAUUCUAUGAAAAAUAUCACUUAGAAAUUAAUUUUUAAAUCAAGAUUGUUCAAAACCAAAGAUUCCGAUGCAUAUAAAAGUAUAGAUACAAAUACUUUAGCAUAGAUUAGUAAAGAAGUCAAAAAAAGUUUGGAUAUUUAUGAAUUUUAUAAGGAUAUUAUUUUUUUGAAGAAAGCUGUUUCAAUGUUGCUUAAUAAAGAUUAGUUGGCAGCUAUUCAGCUAGUAAAUCUAACUGAUAAAUUUUUAAAUUUUAAUUUAAACAAUGAAACAUUAAAGACUGAUUACUAGAGUGCAAAAAGUUAACUAAACUAUUUUGAAAAGUAGUUUCUUAUAUUAUAAUCAGAGUAGUUACAAGCACAAUACAUUGAGAAAUUUUUCAAAAAAGUCCAUGAGUAGAAGUAGCUGAUCGAGGUUGAUAAAAGAAUAAUUUAGUCAAUUCUAAAUAAAUAGAGAAUAUAUUCAAAAUAUUAUGUAUUAUUUUAUUAUUAGUAAUUAUUAUACAAAAAACAUAUAAAUUCUUAGAAUUAAAUGAUAUAUUAAAAAUAAAUAUUAAAAUCCAAGUCAUUUAAAUCAUUAAAACACUAUCUGGUUUUUUUAAAUAAUUUUAAAUAUUUAUUCAAGAUUAAAGUGUAAAAAAUUAUAAACUCUAAAAUUUUAAUUUUUCUAAGUGAUUAGUUUUUUAUUAUUUUAGGUUGA